AUGCAUGACUAUCAGAUGAACAUGGUCACUGCAUUAGUUUUGAACAAGAAGUACAACUUCUCGCAUAUUGUCUUUCACUAUAUGGUCGAGAAUAUUACUACGAAGAGCAAGACUUGGAUGUAUCCAAGAUUCGUGCAGAUGUUAAUCGAUCAUGCUUAUCCAGAGAUUGACCGAAAUUUAAAGAACGAUCUGUUGAUGCAAUCACACAUGAGCAAUGAUUCGCUCAAACAGCUUGCGAGAUACCAUCCAAAUCACCCAGAACCAAAGAUUGGUGCUGAAUUCUUCAGUUUUAUUAAGGAUGCAAACUACGUUGAUCCUGAUCCAGUUGAUCAUCAAAACUGGAGAAAAGAAGAAGAAAUGAAAGAGGCAGCCUAUGCUGAUGAGCCGAAGACUCUUGAAGAGUUCAAACCUACUCGUAAUGAUUGGUUUGUUAAAGAAACGAGGAGGAGACGCAGAAAGGUUACUCCUAAAGUACAAGAGGGCGAGGGAUCUUCAUCACAACCGAAGAAGAAACAAAAGAAAGUUGCAAAAACGUUAUUGGUUGAUGAACCUGAAGAAGAAGAACCGGCAGUGAAUGUUGAGGAAAAUCCAUAUGCUGGUAUUGAAGAAGUGAUGUUAGAUCUUGAUGACUUAGAGGUUGAGCAGACAACAAGCAAAGAAGCUCAGAAAGAGAAGGUUAUUGACGAUAUUGAAGGUGAUGAUGUUGAUAAAGAUACUACAAGUUCCUCGAGUUCUUCAGAAGAUGAAGUAGAUGAAACUGAAAGGUUGAAAAGAAUUCAAGCAGAAACAGAGAAAGAGAAGUUGUUAAGAAAGAGGAAGAGGCAAGAGAAAGAAGAUGCUCCAUAUGUGCCAUCCCCACAACAUGUUUCUGAUUCGCAAUCUCCUUCGAGUGGCAGAAAGAAAGCCAGGGCAAGAAAGAAAGUUGUAUCUCCAAAGAUCCGGAAAGUGACUCCAAAGAUUUCAAAGCCGAAGAUCGUCUUAAAGAAGAAACCUUCCAAAGAAACCAGUAAACCAUCAACACCACCACAUGAGCCAACACCACCUCAAUCACCAAUCCAAUCACCUCCACGACAACCUACACCUCCACAACAACCUUCACCACCAAAACAACCAACACCACCCAGACAACGAUCACCUAUACAUCUUUCACCACUACAUAUUUCACCACCACAACAAACCUUAUUCACAUCGCAAGAAAUCUUUCAAACACCACCAUCCACCCAUAUUCAACUAACACCUGGUUCUUCUGGGCAGAAACGUCUUCACAUUCCUCGUGAUAAUCUUGAAGACAUUGGAGAUUUCGGAUUUGCAAACGAUGAACAAGUGAAGAAGUUGGAGAAAAAGAUGGAUGAAGUGUUGGAUGAAAACAAGAAGUUAGCUGCUGAGAACAAGAAAGUUUCUGAUCGUGAAAAAAUUCUUGAAAUGCGAGUGAAAAGACUGGAGACUGAUAACAAAGAAUUGUUGAAGAAGAUUGACACUGAUCAAUCUGAGAUUGAUAUCUUGAAAGUACGAGUUGCUGAACUUGAAGAAGAAAAAGCUCGAAGAGAUGAACAGAACAAGUAUUACGAGAUGAAAAAUAAAGAGCUUGAAGCUGCUAAGGCUUUGAGGGAGCAUGAGUUCUACAUGUUAAACAAAGUCAUUGAAAGUAUGCUCGGAACAUCAGUUGAACAAAAGUUUGAAGAGAUACAAGUUGAAGAACUUAGGGCACAACGCCAAGCCGAGAUUGAUGAACAGAUGAAAGAUAAAGGUAAAGGCGUUGAAGGUAGUUCAGCAGUGACAGAGAGAUCAAUUGUUCCUUCCAUGGUUGUUGAGAAUCCUGAACCUAUAACUGCUAUAUCUGGUAUGUUUGAGGAAGAAACACAUCUUGAAGAGUUAAUUGGUGAUGAUGAUGAAGAAGAUGAUGAUGAUGAAGAAGAUGGUGAUGAUAAGGAUGACGAGGAAGAUGACGAUGAUGAGAAAGUCUUCUCGGCAAGCAGUCAUGGUUCUGAUAAUGACGAUGACGAUGCUCAAGGUGGUAUGGGUGUAAAAGUAACUGAAGCUUCCUCUAAAAGAACUGUUGAUGAUUUGAUAAAUGAUUCUGUGAAUGAAGAAUCAGGGGGAGCUGAAGGAAAGGUGGAGUCAGGUGAUACUCAAAAUGUUCAACAUGCCGAGAAGUUAAUUUUGAGAUUGGAUACUUAUCGGGAAGAAGGUGAACAUUUCCAUACUUACACGUUGGAGACAAUUAAAGAAAUGACUCGUAUGGUGAAUCCUGAUUUCAAGUUCGAUUUUGAGGAAGAGUUGAAUGCUUUCGACAUCAACCAACAGCCUGAGUACAAGUAUAAGUAUGUUGAGGAGGCUGACAUGUACGACAGAGUUGAAGUUGAGGAUUGGACGGAUGAUGAAAGUGUUAGUGAAUAUACUUCUCAGUUGCCUACGCUGAUGGAGUUCUUUACAGAGGAGAAUAGAGAUGAAUUGAGACGAAAAGUGACUGAGAUCUUAAAAGAUAAGAACUUUGAUGGCACUCCCAAAGACAUGGAAACGGAAGAAAAGAAAACGUGGUUCAAAGACAGUCACGAGAGUAAGUUCAAAAGACCGUUGAAGUACUAUCAACGUGAUCGAAGUGUGUCUCUCGGUGACAUCAUUAGCUGGGGUUUCUUACCUCAAGUGAAUGCUUACACAAUCAGGAGAGAAUGUGGGGUGCAGUACUUUGAAUAUUUAUAUGACGUGAUGUCAUUACCAUGGUGGGAUGUGAAUGAGCUGUCAAAAGUAAGAACUUUAGAUUAUCCGGUAUGA